UCAGGUGGCGCAAAGGGAUAUGCGACGAAUUUUUAAUAUUAAAGUCAUUAAUGUAUUUACAUGGCGAAAGGGAAAGAGCAGCGUCAUGCUGGGAAGGGAGAUCACGUUCAGCAACCGCGUUUUCGGGAUGGAGUUUGGGGAAAGGAAGAGGAGACGGAAGUCGCAGAGCUUCAAACUGGUCACGGAUGAAGAUUUCGGCUCUUCAUAUGGGAUAAAUUCCAGCUGCAGAGAUGCCAAUGGUCAGAGUAAAGAUGCUGCCGUGCCUCAAGUUUGGAUGGGCGAAGAGAGCAUGGAAAUCAAGAAACAAAUCACUGGAAUGAUGAGGCUCCUGGGUGACAAGACUGGGAGAGUCUAUCAGCGUUUGGGUGUCGAGCAGAACAGAUCAACAAAAGAGCCCCAGGAUAGCCAACUGAACUGUAUGCACACACCUCCAAUUUUACCUGUUGUGUCAGAAGACAACCAGUACCAAAGCUGGAGCUCUCCAGGAGACCCAGAGCUUCCACCCUCAUCCGAAUCAACGUCAAUCUCUAAUGGUCAAGCCUGCAGCCAGUACAGUACCCGGUCCAGGGAGCUCAGGACUGUCAGCACCACAAAGGAUUUAAUAAAACCCAAUGAAACAAAAGAUGAGCUCCGUCCUGCUGUGCCAGAAACCCCCUGCUGCAUGUGUAACUGUAAAGGCACCUUGCAGGCGAUAUUGCACGAGCUUCGUGCAAUGAGGAGGCUGAUGCAGACUCAGAAAGGAACAUUUGAAAGGCGGGAACAUGCUAAAUCAUCAUGCCAGCCUCACAUCAGCCUGAGUUCUUCUCCACUCCGCACCUAUCAGAAGAGAAGACCUAUUUAUAAGGUGGCUCCACUGAAUCUCUGUGGCACCGGAACAACGGCUAUUUUCUCUCCAGGGGGUUCGACUCUGAAAACUUCACCCCCAGAAGCUGCGAAGAAAAAGGAAUGUGAGAAACUCGACUCAUCUAUGAUCUCCUGUGAUGUUUCUGAGCCUCCAUGUAGGAAUGAUCAGAUAGCAGACUCUGGCACACACAGUCCACUUCUGAAUGCACUUGGUGGACAUCAGGCAUUAGAGUCUGACGUUCGCCUUGCGGAGGAUUAUGAUGUGUUUAUCUCAAAGGCCCAGCUAGACUCCAUUUUGGUCAACUAUACACGCUCUGGCAGCUUGCUGUUUAGGAAGCUGGUGUGUGCCUUCUUUGAUGAUGCUACUUUGGCCAAUUCUCUGCCAAAUGGUAAAAGGAAGCGAGGGCUCAACGACAACCGUAAGGGCUUGGACCAGAACAUUGUGGGUGCUAUUAAAGUGUUUACAGAGAAAUACUGCACUGAACACAGAGUAGAGAAGUUGCCUGGACCACGAGACUGGGUACAGAUCCUUCAAGAUCAGAUCAAACUUGCCAGAAGAAGGCUGAAACGAGAUGCUGCAGAUGCUGAGGAAAACUCAAAUGAACCAUCUACAAGUACUAACCUCACAUGAGUCUGCCCACAGCUGGAUGGCUUUCACACACAUUUACAGCAGGGUUUUAUUUUUAACAGGUUUGAAAGUGAUGAGCAGAAAUUGUUAAACAUGACUGAUUUCAUCAGCUGCCACUAUUGCCUGGCAGCAGAUCAGCUUAUCUUUAAUAUUUCUCUGGCUUUAUUCAUUUGUCACCCUCUGUCUUUCCUUUAUAUCAGUGAUAAAACAAUUUGAACUGCACAACAAAAGGUAACAGAAUGAUCAAAUUAAUUAUUUGCUAUCAAUAAAUUACACAUUGUACAUAUGUGCCUGCUGGAGUUUACAUCAGGGCACAGACUAAACCACCAGGAUCUGGGAUACUGAGUCAUUAUAUAGAAGAGGUAAAGAAAACUGAAAAAUGACCUGAAGUUAAAACCAUAGAAAUAAAUAAAAAAAACACUUUCAACUGUUUUUAUGAUGGUACAAAAAAGGAUAAGACUUGCAAAAUACAAAGUACAUAUGAUACAAAAUAUGAUACAUUUAUUGUCCAGAGACUAUAGCUUUUAAGAUGUUCUAUAUUGUGAAUUGUGCCUUUUAAGUGACCAAUACUUCAGUGGGUGUAAUGUGCAGUGCAUCAUCCACCUUGUUUGGAAAGUAUAGUAUUUAAAUGUGAUGUAUUUUUAGUACAUUUUUGGAAUUAAAAAUAGACUGAUGGGGUUUUAUCUGAAUAAA